AUGUCAGGUUGCAGCAAAAUCCGCCACAUUGUUCAGCUACGACAAAUGCUAAGAAGGUGGAGGAAGAAAGCGGCAAUGGCGUCCCGUAAAUGCAUACCUUCUGACGUCCCCGCCGGCCACGUCGCCGUCUGCGUUGGCUCUAACUGCCGGAGAUUCGUCGUCCGAGCAACUUACCUUAAUCACCCGGUUUUCAAGAAGCUUUUAAGUCAAGCAGAAGAGGAAUUCGGGUUUUCUCACUCCGGUCCACUCGCGAUCCCUUGUGAUGAGAAUUUAUUUGAAGAAAUAAUCCGGUUCUUGUCCCGGUCCGAUUCAUCAGCAACCCGGUUCGUUAAUCUUGAAGAGUUUCAAAGACACUGCCACGUUGGCAUCCGGAGCAACAUUGACUUCUGGCCGGAAUCUCGACCACUCCUCCGAUAA